GUGGACAUGAGCAAAGUAAACUUGGAAGUAAUCAAGCCAUGGAUAACAAAAAGAGUAACAGAAAUCCUUGGAUUUGAAGAUGAUGUAGUAAUUGAAUUUAUAUUCAACCAGUUGGAAGUGAAGGCCUGAACCAAAAUGGAAGUUAUUCCUUGCGUCUGAAGUAUAGCACCAUCACCUUAUUAGGUCACAGCAGAGUGAGUGUCCAAUGUCGCUCUGACCAACUCCCUUGAUGAUGCAGUGUGUGUUUGGAGGUGAGUUGUGUAAAGUGGCCGAACCAAAGACAGACAAAGCAUCCAGCAGACAGCAAUUGGGCAAAGCUUUACACUGCUCUUGAAAUUGUUGUGGAUUAAAGCAGAUUUAGAGGCAAAGCAUGAGGUGCAGUUCUAAAUUGGUAAGAGACAUUCAGUGGAGGCCUGCUCUGUGUAGAACUAUGGCUGUGUUCAGCUUGGGUGGGGCUAAUACAUUAACAACUAUCAACCCACUUUGGGUUGAAAGCUUAGUGCAAACCACCUCCCACUGAAAUCAGUGGCAAGACACCCAUCUGAUGUUAAUGGAGCUGGACUGCACCACUGGCAUAUAGCUAACCAGUUAUCAGUUGUAUGACAUGAACUACAUAAAUGAAAUUUAGUUCAUGAGAAACUCAGUUUUUAUUUUACACAGUCUGCCACUGCAUCCCAAGAGACAGUGAAGUGUUUUUUCUGAACUAUUGGCAAAAUGCUCUUGCACUAAUAUGUCUUAUGCUCGAUCUUUCUUCCAAAGAACUCAUCUUUAUGAACAGUUGACAUUUCAACUGAGAAAGGUAUUGCUGUUAAAAGAAAAAAAAGAAAUGCUGUAUUUCUGAAUGUGAGAUUUUAUUGUUUAAACAGCUAUAUUUGGAAUCUUAUAUACUUCCAUAGAACAACUGGGGAGGCAGGUUAAAGGGUUCAGCUGAAUAAAGCGAGAGUUUAUACUAGGAAAUAACUUGCUAAUAUGUAUUAGUGUAACAAGCCUAAAUACACAGUUUGUAGUUCCCCUUCAUAGAAAGCAUGAUUUAAGCUUUAGAACUUUUAAAACAAUUUUUUCCCUUUUUGUGGUUGUGUACUCAUUAUUGCUUGUUCGUCUUUUGCAAUUUAGAUAAAUGGUAUAACAUUAAACUCAAGGUGGUUGAGUUGCAGUAGGGAGUCGGAAGCAAGCCAAGGGAACAUCUUUCUCUACAGGGGACUUGGCGAUUCCAAACCCCCACAAAGUUCCAAGAAGAAACAGAAGACACCUGGAAUCUAAUCCAGAUUCCAAAAUGAUGCAAAUCAACCUGACUGGGUUCUUGAAUGGGAAAAAUGCUAGAGAGUUCAUGGGAGAACUGUGGCCACUGCUGUUAAGUGCACAAGAAAAUAUUGCUGGCAUUCCAUCUGCUUUCCUGGAACUGAAGAAAGAAGAAAUAAAACAGAGACAGAUCGAACAGGAAAAAUUGGCUUCUAUGAAGAAACAAGAUGAAGACAAGGAUAAAAGAGACAAAGAAGAUAAGGAGAACAGAGAAAAGAGGGACCGAUCUCGAAGCCCUAGAAGGCGCAAAUCAAGAUCCCCUUCCCCUCGAAGACGCUCAUCCCCUGUCAGGAAAGAAAGAAAACACAGCCAUUCCCGAUCCCCGCAUCAUGCAACAAAGAGUCGUAGUGCUACUCCUGCACCAGAAAAGAAAGAAGAGACUCCUGAGCCAGAGCCUUCGGUAAAAGUAAAAGAAACAUUGAUCCAGGAGGCUACAUCUACUAGUGACAUUUUGAAAGUACCUAAAGUUGAACCCAUGCCAGAUACUAAAGAAAUAUCUCCAGAAAGAAUUUCAAAGAAGGAAAGGGAGAAAGAAAAGGAGAAGACUCGACCAAGGUCUCCAUCCCGAUCCAAGUCAAGGUCAAAGUCUCGCUCACGUUCUCCAUCUCAUUCAAGGCCCAGAAGACGUCAUAGAACACGAUCCAGGUCUUAUUCUCCAAGGAGGAGACCCAGCCCAAGACGACGUCCAUCCCCACGGAGAAGAAGCCCACCAAGACGCAUCCCACCUCCACCCAGACACAGGAGGAGCAGAUCUCCUGUGAGACGGAGAAGACGGUCAUCAGCCUCUCUGUCAGGAAGCAGUUCCUCCUCCUCCUCUUCACGUUCCCGAUCUCCACCAAAGAAGCCACCUAAAAGAGUUGUUUCCAGCCCUCCUCGUAAAACACGGAGACUUUCUCCUUCUGCAAGUCCUCCUAGGCGAAGGCACCGACCCUCUCCACCACUAAGUCCACCUCCCAAACCACGACGGUCUCCAACACCUCAGCAGUCAAGCCGUACAAGAAAAACACGGGGCUCAGUUUCUCCCAGUAGAACUUCAGCACCCAAACAUAAAAAUAUUGAAAAAAGGGAAUCUCCUUCGCCGGCGCCAAAGCCUAGAAAAGUAGAAUUAUCAGAAUCUGAAGAGGACAAAGGUGGUAAAAUGGCAGCUGCAGAUUCUGUGCAGCAAAGACGACAGUACAGAAGGCAGAACCAGCAGUCUUCAUCUGAUUCUGGUUCAUCAUCUUCCUCUGAAGAAGAAAGGCCCAAAAAAUCGAAUGUGAAGAAUGGUGAAGUGGGUAGACGCCGGCGGCACUCCCAUUCCCGAAGCCCAUCUCCUUCUCCACGAAAGUGGCAGAAAGAAUCUUCUCCUCGUAGGAGGAGGCGAAGUCCUUCGCCACUGCCUGCCCGAAGACGACGUUCCCCUUCCCCUGCCCCUCCUCCAAGACGGCGUCGGUCACCUUCGUUACAACGUCGAAGGUCUCCAUCACCACCUCCUCGCCGGCACUCUCCCACUCCCAGAAGAUAUUCUCCUCCAAUACAGAGAAGGUAUUCCCCUUCACCACCCCCGAAGAGACGAACAGCUUCUCCCCCUCCCAAAAGAAGGGCAUCUCCUUCUCCACAAACUAAACUCAGAGUCUCUCAUUCUCCGCCACCAAAACAAAGAAGCUCUCCACCUGCAAAGAGACGUUCACCAUCAAUAUCUUCCAAGCACAGGAAAGGAUCUCCUCCCAGCAGGUCCAACCGUGAAAACCGGUCCCCACUGCAGAACAAACGGCAUUCACCUUCCCCACAACCUAGACCCUCCCAUACCUCUGCGAGUCCCCCGCUGCUGCGCAGGGGGCCAUCCUUGUCGCCUCAGCGAAGACAGUCUCCCUCUCCAAGUACUCGUCCCAUCAGGAGAGUCUCAAGAACUCCAGAGCCCAAGAAGUUGAAGAAGGCCUCUACACCAAGUCCACAUUCUGUGAGAAGACGAUCUUCAUCCAGGUCUGCUUCAGGAUCACCUGAACCACCACCUAAGAAGCAUCCAGCUCCUCCAUCUCCAGUUCGGUCUCGAUCACCUUCUGCUCACUGGUCACCAGCAGCACCUGCAAAGAAAGCAAAAAGUCCCACACCAAGUCCCUCACCAGUAAGGAAUUCUGAUCAGGAAGGUGGUGGCAAGAAGAAGAAGAAAAAGAAGGAUAAAAAACAUAAAAAGGAUAAGAAGCACAAGAAGCACAAAAAACAUAAGAAGGAGAAGGCUGCGGUUGCUGCUGCAAUGACCGUUUUUACCACGUCUGCAGAAGAAGACCAAGAGAAAACAACAGAGCCCAAAAAGGAGACUGAGAGUGAAGCAGAAGAUAACCUAGAUGACUUGGAAAAGCAUCUGCGUGAGAAGGCUUUGAGAUCGAUGAGGAAGGCGCAGGCAUCCCCACCAUCUUAGGCUGAGACAGCAUUUGAUAUAAUGUACAUUUUAUUUGAUUUGUACUCAGACUUCAAAUUGCUAAAAUGUGUUUGAGCUUUAGACUUUAACAUUGGUUGUAAUAAUUGCUAGGUUGAAGUUCACCAUGUAAAAACAAAAAGGGCAUGGAUCUUCAUUACAAACAAGCAUUCACAGUGUAUUAGUGACCUCCUUCGACAGUUGACAUGGUUUCACUAGGAUUCUCUCAUGCAGUAAGGGUUUUCCUCCCCCACCGUUCAAGGAUUUUAAAACAAAGCUGACAGACCCGACAUUCCUCUAAAAUGCCAUAGCAUAAAUGCUUAGGAAGUUCCUAAUCUUGUUUCUUGCUGUAGGCCUUUGUGGUCUAUCCAAACAGGGAAACCGCUGUCCAUAGGAACAUUUGCAGAUACCCAGAUAUCUCUGUUUUCCUGCAUCCCCUGUGUUUCAGACCAGGAUUAGCAUCUGAGGAUGGUGCUUACAUCAUACCCUGUUGGUUGCCAGAACACCGUGAGUUCAUAGUGAUGUAAUAGGUUUAUUUGGAACACUGGAAUUCUAAUUUUCUUAUUUCUCUCCCCUGCCCAGUCUUGUUUUUCUUCUUUUAAAAAUGCAGUUUCCAUGAUCAGCAGUCUCAGCAAAAUUUGGCAUAUGUUUUUGUUUUGUGAAUUGUUGUUGUUGCCCUUUUUCUUUUUCUUUUCUUUUUUUUUUUCUUUUGGUCUUGUUGCGGUCCUUUGGAAUAGUGUGUACCUUUCAGAGCUGUGAUUUCUGAAAGUCUAAAGGACCUGAACCUUGGAUAUUGUCAUGCUCUCACUGGGGGUUUUCAUUUUGUUUUUUUUUUUAAAUACUGAAGCUAUUAUAAAGCUUGUGGAUUAAACAAAAUAAAUUUCUAAAUUUAAA